UCCGAGCCCUAUCGCUCUGUAUAAACCCUAACUCCGUACCUUCCUUUUCUUCCCACUCCACUCCUCCUUCUCCGAUUCCAAACUCUUCCCGAUUCUAGUCCUAAGCUCUAAGAAUUUCCCGGCGAAGAUGUUGGAACUCCGUCUUGUUCAGGGAAGUCUCCUGAAGAAGGUUAUGGAUGCAAUCAAGGAUCUGGUGACGGACGCCAAUUUCGACUGUUCGGCCACCGGCUUCUCCCUGCAGGCCAUGGACUCCAGCCACGUCGCGCUUGUCGCCUUGCUGCUCAGAUCUGAGGGAUUCGAACACUACCGCUGCGAUCGCAACAUCUCCAUGGGGAUGAACCUCAACAACAUGGCCAAGAUGCUCAAGUGCGCCGGAAAUGACGACAUUAUCACCAUCAAGGGAGACGAUGGAAGCGAUACUGUCACCUUCAUGUUUGAAAACCCCACUCAAGACAAGAUUGCUGAUUUUGAGAUGAAGCUUAUGGACAUUGAUAGCGAACACCUUGGGAUCCCAGAAGCAGAGUACCAUUCUAUUGUUAGGAUGCCUUCAGCUGAAUUUGCUCGCAUUUGUAAAGAUCUUAGCAGCAUUGGUGAUACAGUUGUUAUCUCUGUGACCAAGGAAGGUGUGAAGUUCUCAACAAGGGGUGACAUUGGAACUGCAAAUAUUGUUUGCAGGCAAAACACAACAGUAGACAAGCCGGAGGAGGCAACAAUCAUUGAGAUGAAUGAGCCAGUGUCCCUGACGUUUGCGUUGAGGUACUUGAACUCUUUCACCAAAGCGUCUCCGCUGUCCAACACUGUUACCAUCAGCUUGUCCUCAGAGCUUCCUGUAGUUGUGGAGUACAAGAUUGCGGAGAUGGGAUACAUCAGGUUCUAUCUCGCACCUAAGAUUGAGGAGGACGAAGAGGACACCAAACCUUGAGCUUCACCCUGAACUUAUCAUCUACCUAUGCAGUCUAUGUUGUUCAAGGCAGAACGUUGAAAUUUGUAUCCACUUGCUCUUUAACAUCCCAUGGCAGAUUCUCAGUUUCUUGUUAUAAAUCUGUGUGUGCCUCUCUUAGAACUCGUAACUUUUUAGUGUGACAAAAGUGGGUUUAACACAAACUGUAACUGCUUAUGUGGUUUAGCCCAAAAAAAAAACAUUAAAAAUGUGUGUGAAAA